AUGGCAUCCAUUAAUCCCCAACAAAAACAAGCAUCCAUUAGUGAAACUUCACCAUUAGUAGACACCCUUUAUGCUGAAUUAGUUUAUGAAGAGGCAGGGACUUCUUCUUGUUGUGGCUGUUUUCACGGCUUCUGUUACAGGCCACGACGAGGAAGCAACAAUGGCAUGGAGAGAAACCUAAUGCAUAAACAAGAAGAGGUGAUGAUAAAAGAUGGUUGGCUAGUGGAGAAGGUCAAGCAAGUUAAGGAGAUAUCAGAAAUUUUGGCCGGACCAAAGUGGAAGAACUUUAUUCGGAGGAUUAGUAAUAAUACUAAGAAAAGAUCAAGAAUGCAGUAUCAAUAUGAUCCUCAAAGUUAUGCUCUUAACUUUGAUGAAGGAUUUGAUAGGGAAGUUGAUGCCGAAUAUCCUGAUUUUUCAGCAAGAUAUGCAGCCCCAGUUGAGAUUAGCGAUGGAGAGUUGGCACAUGACACGGCUGGUUUUUAG